GACAUAGGCAGAUUUCUGAGAGAUUCUUAAGCCCCUUGAUUUUCCUGUUUGUCUGUUGGGAAUUGAAUUCUCUAUCGAUAGAUUCAUUCAGUGACUUGGAGUUCCGUUGUAUAACUUACUACUACUUACUACCUUACCCAUUACCCUAACCCUACUUUCUUGGUUGCUUUUAAGCUACAUACAUACUUACAUACAAACCAUCCACGAUGAAGACCUUUUCCCUCACCAGCAUCCUUCUCCUCUCCCCUCUCUUAAUUCACGCCGCCCCCACGGGCCAGGGACAGCUGUGUACCCGGGAUUCGACGCAAAUCACCAGCGAGCAGAUCCAAACCAUCGCCCCCACCUCCAACACCUGCGCCAACGCCCCGGCCGCCGGCGAGUGUGCCACCUCCGACACCGCCGCCUCCAGCAUCUCUAAAUCCUUCCAAACCUACGGGGUGACCAAUAAAGCCGAGCAGGCGGCAGUGAUCGGCUUGAUGGCCUUCGAAAGUGGGGAUUUCAAGUACAACAAGAAUCAUUUCCCGGGUGUUGCGGGCCAGGGCACUCGGAACAUGCAGUCCCCCGCCUUCAAUGCCAAAUACGCGGCGUCGAUCCCCGCCCUCGCCGACUCGCUGAAGGCCGUCAACGGGGACCCGGCGGGGACGUUGGAUCUGUUGCGCGCGGUCCCGGAGUAUGACUUUGGCUCCGGGGCGUGGUUCCUGACCACGCAGUGUACUGCCAGUGUGCGCGGCCAGUUGCAGCAGGGGACCCAGGCGGGCUGGGAGGCUUUCAUUACCGGCUGCGUUGGGACGGCUGCGAAUGAUGAUCGGAAGGCUUAUUGGAGUCGGGCUGUUGAGGCUCUGGGGGUUUGA